AUGGCAUUUAAUUAUGAUGUCAUGGAGUCCCUAACUGAAGCCAUACGAAACAAUGACGUAGAUCGGGUUGGGAACCUUCUUGACUCUGGGGAGAUAACUGAUAUUGAUGAAGUCUAUGAUGUUCUGACACCCUUAUGCGAGGCGUGUCAUGUCAAUGCCAGGGACAUAGCAUUAUUGCUUCUUUCAUCUGGUGCUAGAGUUAAUGCCCACUCAAACAGCCUAGGCAAACAACCUCUUCAUUUUGCCUGCGACACCCCAGAGGACAGAAUGAACCUUAUUGAAUGUCUUCUUGAAGCAGGCUGUGAUAUAAAUGCCCAGGACGAAGAUGGUAACACUGCUCUUCAUCUUGCCUGCACCCAGUCAAAUGUUGAAGUUACACGACUGCUCCUCAACUCCGGAGCAGACGUCACUCUGGAGGAUGUGGAUGGGGAGACUGCCUUACUCCGAUCCUGCUAUGCAGGUUUCCGAAUGGAUGAGGAAUCUUUCAGGAUGUUCAGCAGAGCUGUGGAAGAUUGUUCCAAACUUUCCACUGAAGAAAGAAAACGAUUUGUGAGCCUUGUGACUCAGUGGAGGCUGCUGCCCUUGGAUCUUAAAGAGCUUUGUCGUGUGAAAUUACGGCAGCUACUUCCAGCAAAUGUUGAUAAAUGUGUCCAACAGUUGCAUCCUGACUUACCACGGAGCCUUGUGAGAUAUUUGCAGUAUGACGAUGUUGUGCCACCAUUAUUGUUUGAUUUUGAAUGA